GCUGCAUGCUUUCUCGCAGAUUGGCAGCCCCUCCUUUUUUCUCUUCCCCCCCGUAGAAGGGGACGGCUGGUUUAGUCCGGUCCUCAAGCGUGGAGGCUGCUGCAGCGCUCGACAUUGGAGAUGGAAACAGAGUUUCUUGUCCUUAUAGACCAAGGAUGUUGGCAUAAGACAGCCAAGUUUACUUGAGGGAAUGUACGGAGGCCCUUCCAGGGGCAGUGUUGAAAUUAGUGGGGAGCAGAAACAUCCCUGUAACCUGUCACCUUAGGAGGUGUCUGUGGAAGACAGAAUGAUGUGGAAAUCACUGUUGAUGGUGGACCUGGGGGCAGUGGGGAGCCGGGCUCCCUGUGUGCUUCCGCUCCUUCUGCCCGCCCUCCGGUAUCGGUCCACUUCAGCCGUUGAUCAACACCAUGAACUGGCCCGUGAGAGAUCCAAGACAGUGACCUCCUUCUACAACCAGUCGGCCAUUGACAUAGCAGCUGAGAAGCCCUCCGUGAGGUUGACGCCCACCACCAUGUUGUAUUCUGGACGUUCUCAGGAUGGAAGCCACCUGCUGAAAAGUGCCCGUUACCUGCAUCAUGAACUGCCUGUCCGCAUUGCACACCGCAUCAAAAGCUUUCGGGGACUCCCCUUUAUUAUCGGCUGCAACCCUACCAUCCUUCACGUGCAUGAACUUUACAUUCGAGCCUUCCAGAAACUGAGUGAAUUUCCCCCAAUUACAGACCACGAGUCCGAGGCCCAGUACUGCAAACUGGUCCGGCAGCUUCUCGACGAUCACAAGGACGUGGUGACGCUGCUGGCCGAGGGCUUGCGGGAGUGUCGAAAGCACAUACAGGAUGAGAAGCUGAUUCGCUCUUUCCUGGACAAGACGCUCACGUCCCGCCUGGGCAUCCGGAUGCUGGCCACUCACCACCUUGCGCUGCAUGAGGACAAGCCAGACUUUGUUGGGAUUAUAUGCACCCGCCUGUCCCCGAAGAAAAUAAUUGAGAAAUGGGUAGAUUUUGCCAGGCGCCUGUGUGAGCACAAGUAUGGGAACGCUCCACGGGUGAGGAUCAAUGGACACGUGGCCGCUCGCUUCCCUUUCAUCCCCAUGCCUCUUGACUACAUCCUUCCAGAGCUGCUCAAGAAUGCUAUGCGAGCCACCAUGGAGUCUCACUUGGACACGCCCUACAACGUGCCAGACAUUGUCAUCACUAUUGCCAACAAUGACAUCGACUUGAUCAUAAGGAUUUCAGACCGAGGUGCUGGAAUCCCUCACGACCACGAAGACAAAGUGACCGAUUAUCACUUCACCACAGCUGAAGCGAGCGCCCAAGAUCCCCGCAUCAAUACCGUGUUUGGCAACAUGGUGGAAAUGGGGAACAGCGGCCAGUCAGGGCCCAUGCAUGGGUUUGGCUUUGGGCUGCCGACCUCCCGUGCCUACGCUGAAUACCUGGGUGGCUCUCUGACCCUGCAGUCCCUGCAGGGCAUUGGCACAGACGUCUACCUUCGUCUCAAACACAUCGAUGGCAAAGAGGAAAGUUUCCGCAUCUAAAAAGCCUUCUCUCGACGGGCUGAGCCCUUCAGCCACCCAACCUAGCUCAGCAUGAAUUCUUGUUCUCCUAUGGAUUUCUAAGAAAGCUACUCUCCUGAAGAUUUAGAGGCACCUGUUUCCUGUGUGGCUCCUGACGGCAUUGCUGGUUGUUCUAGCCCUCUCCUUGGGCAUACUCUGUGGUUUGCAAUCCAGAUUACUGGGUGUACCUGUGGACAAAUCGACUAUCUCCCUGCCCUUAAAUGGUUUAUUUAAAGCCACAAAAUUGCUCUGGAGGAGACCAUAAUCAGUUUUUGUGGCCCUUCUAUACACUGCCAGCUCCUUCUAGGCCCUUGCUUGGCCUAAGUCCUGUUCCUCUCUGCUGAGGGAUACAAAAACUUUGGGUGAGGGAAUGUUUGUACCAUUGUGUGUCCUCACCUUGUUUGGUCCUCAUGGACUCUUUAAACUGAAAGGAAAGACUUGUAUUGAACAUGUGGUGCCACCAAUUUCCCUCUUGCCACAUAAUUCCUUGGUGAGGACUUCUUCUACGUCAUCUUGGCUGGGGAACCAAAGUUUACGCAACAGUCUUCAGGAGGGGGUAACUUGUUAUGUUGCGCAUAGUACCAAAACUCCCUUGGCUUGAGGAGAAAAUACUGCAACACCAAAACGAUACCUUCACCAUGCAGGGUGUGGUGUGGAUUCCAGAAUGCUCUCCCUCUUCCUUACAUGGUGACGUAUUUUAUAUCCGGUCUCUCACAGCUCAAUCUUUGUGCUGCCAUUAAUUCAUUGUUUUUAUUGCAGGAAGCAGGAUUAGGGGUUUCUCUCUUCCUUCCCACCACCCUAUGGACGGAAGUGAUCACAAGACAAAUUCACUUUUUUUUUUUUUGCUGUGAUAACUCCAAUAAAAAAAACCCGAUUCCAAAA